UGAAAGUCAAGUGGGGAGGCUGUCGUGUAAAAACGAUCAUCUCUGUAAAGAUCUUGCUGUAAUUGCCAAGCUGUCUGAGCAGCUGCAAAAAGUAAACCAUUUCCUACUGAAUACCACUGAUAAGGAACUUGAGGAAGCAAAGAUUCAAAUCCAACUCCGGCAGAACAAGAUAAAGAAGCUGUCACACACUACAAUCUGUUAUUUUACAAACAGAAGGUGAAAUAAAGCAAGGGAAGCCACCUUCCAGGCUUGAUACAUUUAUUAAGACAUUGGAAGAGGACAGAGACUACUAUAAAAGUGAACCUGAGAACUUGCUGAAGGUAUUUAGAAACGUGUUUUCAAGUCCUAACAGAGCUCUACCUGUGGCAGCAUGUCAAAAAAAAAAUCAGCCGUCCAGGAAUUGAGUUCUGAUCUGGAAGUUUUGAAAAUAUCGAGAGAGCGUGAAGAACUUAAGUCAACACUGAAAAAGUAUGAGCGCCACGUGGCAGAAAUUCAGGGAAACUUGAAAGUUUUAACAGCUGAGAGAGACAAAAUUGCCAAGCUUUAUGAACGGGCACAGGAAGAGAUUUCCCGGCUUCGUAAGGAAUUUAUCAAAUGCCCCAGGACUCCUAAAAGUACUGUGACAGCUCAAGCUAUGUUAAGGCAUGUGGAGACAGAAAGGGAUACAGCACUGUCAGAUUUCCGAAGGAUGACUACAGAGCGUGACAGUCUCAGGGAGCAGUUAAAGAUUUCCCAAGAGACUGCAUUUAGUGAAAAGGCUCAUUUACAGCAGAGAAUUGAAGAGCUAGAAACUACUAUUCAAAAUUUAGACAGUGAACGGUUAGAACAGAUGUCCAAAAUGGCACUAAUGAAAGAGAACAUAGAUUCUCUGGAAACAGAGAUGCAAAUAUUGGCAAGAAGAGCCCUGGACUCUGAAACUGAGCUGAGCCACCAGAAAGCUGAAUAUGUUUCACUUAGCAUAUUGAAUGAAGAGACAGAACAGAGUCUUUCAGAGACUCAGAGAAGCCUUAUUAAGAAAAAAUAUGAAAUGCAACUUUCAGAAGAGAAAAUUAGACUUUUGGGUGAGAAAAUUGAUAACUUGUCAAAACAAAGUAUUCUACAGCAAGAGAAGAUCUGUGCUUUGAAAGAAACAAUUGUGCGACUUGGUAAAGAGAAGGAAACUUUGCAAGAGUGUGUGGAAGAAGAAAGAGAGAAGAUUGUCGCUUUUGAGGAAAACCUGACAAUUAAAGAAAAAACCAUUUCAGAUUUCAAGACUCUGAUUGCUGAGUUGGAGCGUUCCACAAAAAAAUCUGCUGAAGCGCUCUGUAUCAGUGAGAAAGAUAUCACCAGUUUGCGUCAACAGCUGCAAGACACCAACAAAGAGCUUGCAGAGACUAACAAGAACAGAGAAUCAUUAGCUCAGGAGAAUGACAGGUUACAAGAGCAUCUUUCUAAUAUUGAGCAAGAAAAACAGGCACUUUAUAAAAAAAUAGCAAACUACCAGAAUGAGCUUGAUGACAUGAAGCUGAAAGCCCAGGAUUCAAACACACACAUAGUCAGGCUGAAGGGAGAACUGAAGUCUAAAGAGAGAGAGAACUGCGAGCUUUUGGAGAAUUACCACCAAGCACGUGAACAAGGAGAAAGCUGGGAAGCAAAAUGCCGUCAAGCAGAAACAGAUUGUAGCUCUGUUAGACUGGCUCUAAUCAGUGCAGAAUCUGAGAACCGCAGGCUGAAAGAGAAAAUGAAGUCCCUUGAAACAGAGAUAGAGCAACGUUUAGCAACAGAAGAAGCAUACCAGUCUCAGAUUUCUACUUUACGCAAGUCUCUUGUGAAAAUGGAAGGAGAGCUUCAAAACAUACAUCAGGAAAGAGUCUCUAUACUUGCAAACCUCACAUCUACACAAGAACUUUGCAUUAAAUUAGACGCAGGCAAAGAGCUAUUAAAUCAGCAGUUAACUUCCACAGCAGAGAAGGCAGAAAGGCUGCAGAGUGAGUGUGAGUCUUCCUAUUCUGAAAUAGAGAUGCUGAGAAAACAGCUGGGAAAUGAAAGAGCAUCUCUGAAAAACCUGGAAUCCUUGCUUGCAUCCAAUUGUGAGAGAGAAUUUCAGUCACAGAUAGCAAAGCAAGAAAAAGACUCUGAAAUUCAGCUUCUCAAGCAGCAGCUUUCUUUAGCGGAAAAUAAACUUGCUGUGCAGAGCCGAGAUUUUACUCAGCUCAGAAAUACAACAGCGCAGCUAGAGUCAGAACUGGACAUCACCAAAAGACAGCUGGGGACUGAGCGGUUUGAAAGGGAAUGUGCUGUACAGGAGCUUCGACGCCAAAAUUGUACAAUCCCGUAUCAGUUAAGCUCUACGUUAAGAACACCAUCACCUGAACGUACACACCAUCGAUCUCCGGAUUGGUCCCUGGAAGGGAAUUCUUCAUUCAAGGACUUCUAAUGUUAUGUUCACAAUGGCCUGUGAAGACCCUGCACAUGAUCUGGAGAGUUAGAGAUCAAGUUUAAUUUUCAUUUCAUUAUCAUUUUUCCCUGCUGAAUGCUUCAUUUCAUUAAAUCCAUUUCAUAAAUGCUUGCAUGGGCUUUCGGACACUCCUAAUGUUGUUCAGCGAGAAGAAAUCAGUCUAGAUGGCUUCCCUUCCCUCCCCUCUCCCAUCUCUUUUAUUUUUGUGUGAUACAGCGGGUCUCAGUAAACAGUGAAAAAUGCAGGUUCUGUUGACUGUACUGACACUGUGCUUUUAUUUAAAAAGUGUGCCUUAUUUUAAAAAGUGAUAUAACUGGAAAAGGGGAUAUAAUAUAACAAUAUAAAGCUUCAUAAAAGUCUCUGUAUUCAGAUGUUACAAUUUGAAUGCAUUUUUGCUGAACUGUGUGAAUAUUAUGCUUGAAAGAGUGCUAUGCCAUCUCAGGAUAGGCAGUUUCUUUUUUUUUCUUUUUUUUUUUUUUUUUCCCCUUAAAACCUGACCUACUUCUUAAUUUGUCUAAAAGAGGACAGUGAUGCCAGGAGAUACAGCAGUGUUUUGAUAUCUAUGUAUGAAGAAGUGUAUUUUUCAUAUCUUUCUGAUAUACGUAUACAUUUGAGGUGUGUUCAACUUUUGAGAAUUUUACUACAACUGCACUAAUUUUCUACUUAAAGAGCUUUUUAAUAUGAAUGAAUACUGUUUGGUGAUAGUUACUGGUACUUAGUCUUGCUCGAAAUUUCAGCUCUUUAUAUCAUAAUACUCGUCAAUGUUAUAUAUUCGCCAACUUUAAAUGCCAGGAGGGAAUGUAGAAUUCUCUCCUAGAAACCAACUGGAAAAUCCCUGCCACUGUCUUUGGCACUAUAUAAAUAAUUCCUAUUUAAAUCAGUAAAUUAUUCAUCUUUUGCUUUUGCUUUUUUAUUUUUUAAACAGUUUAUCCUUCUUACUUCCUCAAAAGAAACAAUACUUUAUUCUUCAGUGGAGGUGACUUGAUUUUAAUUUGUAGGUCCUGAUUCUUCAUUCUUUAUUUAUGGCACUCUUACUCAGCCACGGAAGUAAUUUCAACAGUCACCAGUGGUAAUGGGAAUACUUGCAAGUAAUAAAGACAGCGGGAUCAGACAUAAUGAUAUUGUACAUUUCCUCAUUAUGCAGUUAUUAAAAGGUAUAUUGUACACUAUUCCCCGAUGAGAGAAGACGAUCAUCUCAUCAUCCCAGAAGAUAUGAAAGAGUGAUAUGUUGUUUUGCAGUCAUAUUGCCAUACAGAUUUUUUAGAAGAUCGUCACAGAGAAGUUUGAGAAAUGUGAUCUUAGUCUGUAAAAUUAAUACCCUGUAAUUUAGAAGACAAAAAUGAAAGGUUAAAUUAAUAUAAAAUAAGUAAAACUAGGUUCUUCCUGGGAGUGGGUACGCUGUGCAAAGGGCCGUGUCCUAAUAUGUAAUUCCUUAGUUGCAAUUAUGUUAACUUUUCUGUAUAAGAUCAUAAAAAUGUUAGUAACUAGGUGCUCCCCUACGAAAUGUUACAAAAGGUAAAAGCUCAAGAUUCUUAAGCAAUUUGGACUUUUAUAUUUUUAUGUACGUAGAAAGGAUUACAAGAAUAUGCGAUUAAAAAUAUCAAGAUGUAAUAAACCAACUUUUUUUGGAGUACAAAGAUAAAGUACUAGGCUUUAUUACUAGGAUUAGCCUUUGUUUAAAAGACAGUAUGGAAAUGAGGACUUCAUUUUUCUGCAAAUUGCAAAGGGAUCAUCAGGUCAGGAACUUCUGUCAGUUGCAAUGGGAUAUAGACCUCAAGUGACUUCUGACAGCAAUUAGUUGCUAUGUGAUUAUUCAUAGUUAAAAAUCAUUCAGGUGAG